GUCCCUGACAUCUUACAUUUUGAAAUCAACGGUACUCUUACCGUCCUCACCACUGUUGGAAUGAUUUCUAAACCUGCGAGACUCAAUUUCCACGAUCGGCUACCUUAAUUUUCGCCCAAGUCAAGGACCUCGACCGCCUUAUAGUCCUGCUCCUGACAUCCUCAUGUUGCCGCUCCGCGUCUGCGACACCAACAAUCUCAACCAAGCAAGGCUCCCUCUACCUUAGUCCAGAAUUGCUUACUUUCAAAAGCGCUUGCGGUCUUACGCAUACUGCAUAAUAAGAAGAAGAAAAAACUGCUACACGAAGUAGAUACAUCCGAGUCACGGCACGAGAACAUUAGCGACCAGCGCCUCCAUCGGCUGCUAUUUGCCAUAGCCAAGAUCGCAGCCCGUAACUACGCAGCCGUGCCUCGAUUGCGCCUCGGGCAGUAACGGCCAGCCAGGUGCUCUUUGACGAGCUCUGGUCUCUGGCAUCCGCAUCACAACACCGCGAACAUGCUGUCAACCGAUACUUCUAUACGUCCUUCCGCGCCGAUCAUGGACCAAAACGGCACUCGCGGCUGGAUAAUGUGUAUAGUGAGCGGUAUUGCUUGCAUUUCGGGUGCCUCUUUCAUCUGUGUCGAUAUAUUUGUGCGCCGCUUUACGAGGAGCAAAACUUUCAGAAUUGAGGACAGUAAUGCCUUCCUCGCUUCAUCACUAAGCCUGAGCUUCGGCGUCAUGAUCUAUUCGGCAUUGGCAAACAUGCUUCCAGAGGCGAAAAAGGAGUUCCUCUUGUCCGAAUAUGGAGAAAUGGCUGCGGGGCUCCUCAUGAUGAGCUUCUUUGUUGUGGGCUUCAUGGGCAUUCAAGUCAUUUCCAGGCUUAUGCACAGGUUGAUGCCGUCACACGUUGUGGAUUGUGACCACACUCACGGUCACGGCCCAGUGAACGACCAGCUUGAUCAAGGAAUCCCCUCAGGGCCCCAUUCCAGGCAUGUUUCUCGGAGCGUUUCCAAGGCCAGAUCCGCCACUUCACCCGAAAGGACUGCUAUAGCACAGCACAAUGGUGCCGCAACCGAAUCAACACCAUUACUCCCUGCACAAGUCCCCAAACCACAAGUUCUCAAUUCCGAUUCUCAGCCAGACGGGGAUGAAAGCACCAUGCCCCAUGUGCAUUCUCACGGUCAAGUGCACACUCUGAGGCCUCAAGCGGGCUCUAGCUCUCUGGCGAACAGACGGCCAUCGAUGCUUCAGGUCAAAGACCGCGUUUUAUCCUUUGUCAAAGAUACAAAGGCCAACUGUGACGAGCUUGGCCCCUGCUUCGGCUACACCGACCCAUGUGGCCAGGAGUGCUUCAAGCAUAUGAGUGCCCGCACUUCACUCUCACGUGCAACAACUCGUAUCUCUUCGGGUCCCGUCUAUACAGAGGCAUCCGAGGAAGUCAUCGAUGGCAGCUUCCGAACUCCAGCGUACCGCAUCAGCCGGGCACAGUCGCGCGAGUUUUCGUACGCUCCGUCGGAGGCGGACGACCACCACCAUCAUAGCCACGGCCAAGGCAACAACCACAACCAUCAUUCUCAUGAUCAACAAGAUGUCGAGGAUGACGACGACCACACUCACGACACUCUUGCAGAUGAUGAUCUCGAGGCUCAACACCACCAUCAUGUGCCAACAAAUGCAUUUAUGUCAAUUGGCCUGCAGACAGUAAUUGCGAUCGCCCUACACAAGUUUCCCGAGGGCUUCAUUACCUAUGCCACCAACAUGGCGAGCCCGGCCCUGGGCUUCAACAUUUUCAUGGCGCUCUUUGUUCACAACAUUGCCGAAGGGUUUUCAAUGGCCCUACCUCUGUACAUGGCCCUGGGAAGCAGGCUCAAGGCCAUUGCUUGGUCGUCAUUACUUGGAGGACUAAGCCAACCUGCUGGCGCGGGUCUUGCAUGGCUUUGGUUCAAAGUCGCACGCCGUGCUCACGUCGAGGUUGAUCACAAAGCAUAUGGCGCCAUCUACGCCAUCACCGCCGGCAUUAUGACGAGUGUCGCCUUGCAACUCUUCGUAGAGAGCCUGAGUCUCAACCAUAGUCGAAACCUCAGCAUCGCAUUUGCGUUUAUCGGCAUCAUACUUCUGGGCUUUAGCAGCUCAAUUUACGACUGAGAGGCUUGGAUAGAUCAUUUUCUUUUCAAUCUGGCUGUGACGGGAAUGCGCCCUAGAGGGAUUGAGGGGGUAAAAUCACAGAGGAAGCUGGCAGGUUUCGGAUCUCGAGUAGCAUCGCAAUACCCUGUAGAUAUAAACAUAAGAAACAAGAGGAGGAGUUGACUUUUAAGGCGUUAAUGUCUUUUUUUUUUCUUUUUUCCCCAGGCGUUGUGGUUCGACCCUUGGCUGUUUUGUGGUUAUCACUACCGGAGUUAUGUGUUUUUUUCACGACCCAAAAGGACACCAUUCCUCUCAAUUUGUAUCCAUUCCUGUUCUGCAAUAGCAUUAUGCAUACAACAUACCCGACAGAUUGGCCCGUGGUUUCCCAGAGUCGCAGAAAUCUUCAGACGUUGUCUUAUUAACAUUGAAAACAACCGCCGCUGUCUUGACCUCAAUACCUAUGUAGGUGUUUAUCCACGGAACAACUCAAUGGGAUUCCAAAUGUCU